CCCCCCCGCCUCCCCCAGUACCUGCAGGAGGGGGCGGGCGCUGGAGAAAGUUUGUCUCUGUGGUUGGCUGCGCCGCGCGGCACGGCCGGUCGGGGCGGGCGGGCGGCUCCGUGUGCUCGCAGGGCAGCGGGAGGCGAGCUGUUGGCCGAGGAGCAAGCUGCCGGCGGUCUUGCUCGCGCAGGAAGAGGCAUCCGCGUAACCCUGCCAGCAUGGGGCACCGCGGGCUCAAGGCGUCCUGCCUGCCUCUCUUCGUUCUCCUGCUGCUGCUCGCCGUCUGCAGAGGGCGUGUUGUGAGGGUUCCCAAAGGUCCUCUUAUUCGAGUCGUGGGAACGGAGGUGGAGAUCCCUUGCAGUGUUAGUGACUACGAUGGACCCAGUGAACAGAACUUUGACUGGGAAUUCUCCCAGGAGACUGACUUCCUAAGGAUAGUGAGUACCUGGGAUUCUACAUUCACCUCUGAGGAGUACCAAAACCGCGUAGGCUACGGGGAUAUCAAACUGAGACGGAUCAGCAAUGAUGCUGUGGAACUUGUGAUUAGAAACAUCCAGCCAACUGAUCAAGGGAGAUAUAAAUGCUCCACACCCAGCACUGAUGCCACCGUUCAGGGAAAUUAUGAUGCGGAGGUCCAAGUGAAAGUGAUUUCCGAUGGCUUAUCCGUGAGUGGUUCAAAAGCACGUUCCUCAGUGUCUCUCAGGCUGUCUGAGGGUGACUCCUUCAAGCUGCACUGCUCAGCAAUUACCACCUCACAAGAGCACACUCAUCUGCAUAUGACUUGGCAGAGCAAAAAUGGAUCAACUUGGUGCGAUAUCCUGUCUUUGACUCAUGAGGGCAAAUUCCAGCCAGGCCCUGGCUACGAAGAGCGCUACCAUAAUGGAGAUAUUCGCUUGGACACGGGGGCAAAUGACGCAUACUGGUUAUCUGUGUCCCAGGCCUUGUCAGUGGAUGAGGGUGUCUACAGAUGCCUUGUGAGUGAGUGGGUAAGAGGGGCAGAUAGCUCAUGGCAGAAGAUUCAGGAGAAGAGCGUGGAGAUAGCAAGUGUGGCAAUCCAGCCCACUGCUCUAGAUGUGGUCAUCUCAACAAGCAAUGUGUCUGUGACUGAAAGAGAUUCCCUGGAUCUUACAUGCAACAUCACAACAGACCGGAGUGGUAUUUUCCAAGCAGAGGUGAUGUGGUAUUUUUCUGCAUCACCUGAUGCUACCUUGUCAGAUGCUCAGGUUUUGCUGAGCGUGAACCAUGAUUCUGUUGUCAGCGAUUCAACUCUCAUCAGCCUGAGCCAUGUUGAUAGGAACUCCUAUCGCCUGUUGGUACGCGAUGUGGAUGUGGGAAACUCUGGCUACUACUUCUGCCAAGCGGCUGUCUGGGUGCCACUGCAUAACGGGAGUUGGCAUAAGGUGGUGGAGAGAACAUCUGCACCUGUCAGUGUGAUGGUGACAGCAUUAGAGCCAGACUAUGAGGUGUUUCUGAAUGCCUCUAAAAUACCCAAGUUUUCAGAUGACCCCACAGAGCUCAACUGCAGGAUCACAAAUGCACAGGACACUGAAGCAAACAUCCGCUUCACGGUUUCCUGGUACUACAGACAACGCCUGCGCAGUGAUGAUGUGGUGACAGCGGAACUCCUGGCCACCAUGGACACAGACUGGACUCUGCAGCUUGGGGACAGGAGCAGACAGCAAACUCAGAAUGGGGAAAUUAUAUUCUCUAAAAAGGCUGUUGACACCUUCAGUUUCCGAAUCCAGUGGACUUCAGAAAGCGACAGAGGGGAUUAUUUCUGUGUCAUCUCUGCGUGGAGCAGGCACCGAAACAACAGCUGGGUAAAGAGUAAAGAUGUGACUUCUGCAUCUGUCAGUAUUUUCUGGGCAACACAAGAUUACACACUCACAGUGGAGGCGGUGAAAUUGAAGCCAUUCUUUGUAGCAGGCCACACCUUUGAGAUGACAUGCAAAGUGUCUUCAAAAAACAUCAAGACACCGCGCUAUUCCGUCCUCAUUACAGCUGAGAAGCCACUAGCAGAUCAGUCGAAUCCCAAUGGAACUACUCGCAUCAUCUCUUUGAACCAGGAUUCAGUAGUGCGGCUGGAAGACUGGACAGACCAGACUCGUGUGGAUGGUGUGGUGCUGGAGAAGGUCCAGGAGAAUGAGUUCCGCUACAGGAUGUAUCAGACCCAGAUUUCUGAUGCUGGGCUCUAUCGCUGUGUGGUGACUGCCUGGUCUCCGGGUGGUGGUGGCAUGUGGCGUGAAGCAGUGAAUGGCUUAUCCAACCCUAUCCAGAUAGACUUCCAGAUGUCAGGUCCCGUGUUUAAUGUCUCGGUGCAUUCUGACAACCCGACAGUUUACCAGGGUGAAGUGGCAGAUUUGUGGUGUAUUGUCACAACAGAAGGAAUGGCACUUGAACAAGAUGAUACGUCCUUUGAUGUUUCCUGGUUUGCCGUGCACUCCUUUGCAUUGGACAGAGAGCCCGUCUUGCUGGCCUCACUGGACCGAAGAGGGAUUGUGACACAGAGCAGGAGAAAUGGGAGCAGUGAUCUCAGCCUGGAGAGAAUCAGCCCAUUAGAAUUCCGUCUCCGUGUGCAUGGCUGUGAGGAUCAUGACUUUGGGAACCACUACUGCAUAGUGACUCCGUGGGUGCGAUCUGCCACUGGUGUAUGGCAGCGGGAACCUGACAUCAAAGCCAAACCCAUUUUUCUAUCUGUGAAAAUGGAUGUUUUGAAUGCUUUCAAGUAUCCCCUGUUGAUUGGCAUUGGUCUGGCCACUGUCAUUGGACUCUUAUCCUGCCUCAUUGGCUACUGCAGCUCCCGUUGGUGCUGCAAGAAGGAAGUACAGGAAACAAGACGAGAGCGUCGCCGGCUAAUGUCAAUGGAGAUGGACUAAACAUGGAGCCAGACACACUUGUAUUUUGGGAGAGACUCAAAGGGCUCUUGGACUGUGCUGAGACACUUGCCCACAGGCCCAGAGAAGACAGUGCAUUUCCUCUCUGAUUGCAGCUUGGACCUCAAGCUUCUCCUUGUUACAUGUCAUGCCCUGAGAGCAUUCAGGCCAUAUGUAGCAACUUGGAAUUCUCCUUUUCCAGCAGCACUUUCUGCACAGGAAUCAUGUCCUUCUAAUGUGCAAACUGUUGAGUCUUCUUUCACCGGGGCCCUGUGACAAAAUUCACUAAGGUUUUUCUGUUUGUUUGAUUGGUGGGUUUUUUCCCCUCCUCUUGGUUUUGAAUAGAUGUAUGAAAGUGUGAUGGUGAGGGUGACAAGUGGGAAAAGAGCUGGUAAAAUGUCAAAUUUUCAUUGUAUUAACCAAUCUACUUUUCCCUUCCACCCCCAUCACACCAUCCUGUUCCCUUCCUCUGUCCACCUUGGUAUCUCACAGACUUCUCUGUGCUGGGUUGAAGGCUGGAGAAGGUUCCUCUGCUAGUUUCUCAUGAAGCUGUUCCAGCAACAAAUUGGUUUUCUGGUUGUCUGCAUGCCUUCUCUACCCUGGCUUUAAAGGGUUUGCAACAUAACAUGCCUAGAGAUCUCUGGGACACUUCUUUUUAAACUUAUUUUUUUCUUUUAUUUUCAGUGCUUAAAGCUCUUGGCAGUGAAUAGAGGCUAACUUGGCAACCCUGAAAAGUCAGUCCUGAGACAAGGAUUUGUUGGCUGUCUCCUUAUGGCCACCUUCUCUCACCUUUUCACCUUUUUCUUUCCCAUUACAGCUGCUCAUUUUGUGCCUGAGACCCUGUUCUGCUUGUGUAGAGGGGCAUGUGGUGUCUAGAAACAAGGCCCAGCCUUCUGCUGGCCUUGGUGGAGAGCUUGGAAGACCUUGCCCCUAGUGAUGGUGUGACUUAUGGGGGAGGAGGAAAGAGGUGGAUCUUUGUCUGCAGUUGGUCCACUGAUAGUGAUUAGAUAAGACCUGUAAUCUAUGUGUUACCAGAUGCACAGACCAGACUCCAGUGCUGCUUCUUCCAGUCACUCAGUGGUAACACUUGAACCUGUGGGCAGAAUCUGAGACCUGCAGUAGCUGAAGUGCAGCUCAGGGUUGGAAUAGGAGAAAGCCCAGGAGGGCAGCAAGAAUCCCUCAGCUUCCAAUGGUCCUCAUUUUCUGCACAGGCCUGCAGCAGGGCUUUCAGCAUGGGUUUGAGACAUAUUCCUAGGUGCUAUAGUAUAGAAGUCCUUUGUUCUUCCAUGCAUACUGGCUUGGCUUCUGAGUCGGAGCAGCUCCUUUUCAGGGCAGUUCUGUCUUCCCAGCACAGCUGGUGUUACAAGCAAUAGAAGUCAGAAUAAAGAUAUUUUAUGUAAAGAGGCAAGGAAGUAGGACUGCACCGCAGUCUGAUGUCCCAGCCAGGGCUUGGCUUGCAUCAAGAAGGGUCAGAAAUGUAGAGCUGAGGCCAGAGCUCAAUCAUUCCAAGAUUAUUUUGUUUUUAUUUAAGAUAAAAGAUGCUGAAGGAGAGCAUCCAUGGAAAAUAGUGUCUGUGGUGUGCUAUUGCCAGUCUAGACUUUACUUAUGUAUUAGACAAUCUGGUUCACUAAUAGCUUUUCUCACUGUAUAUUCCAGGGGAGCUGGAGAGUUAUUAUUUGUGCUACGAAGGCUUCAUUUUGCAAUAGUGUUUGUGGGACCUUGCACUCAACACAAUAGCUAUUACAGAACUGGAGGUUUUGGAGUAAACUUUGUGUGUAUUUUGGGUUGUUCUGGUUCCCCCCCCCCCCUUUCAUUGUGACCUUUGUUCUGACAUUGACAUGAGGCUUUUGUCUAGAAGGCUGUUCUGCUUCCUGUAUGUGAACAUGCAUGCUGUCGCGUAUGUACACAUAUGUAUGCAUAGAGGUGUCCAGUGAUUUUUGGAAGCUGAACAUGAGGCAUCUUCAAAAUAGAUUAGAUUUGCAGAGUUGGGGCUUGCAGCUUCUCAUUUGACUCUUUAAAGACACUUGAUGUAGUAUUCCAAAACUGGUACACCCAAAGUCUAUCAAUCUCUGAGAGACUUUUGCCUGAACAUUCAUAGCAACUUUUCUUUCUGACCUGAUGUUUUGCUUUCUGAAGGAGCUCUGAAAAGGCCUAUACUGGAGGCAGAUGUAGCUGCCUUUGCUGAGGAACAGAGCAGAACCAGUAUCUAGCUUUUGAUGUGAAGGCCCAGAAAUCUGUAGCAAUGCUUUCCAAAGGAAGGGAGUUGAGGAAAGGAUUCACUUGGAUAUUGCAUAGACAGAAAGGUUUUUUUUUUCUUCCUCUCCUGUUUGUCUCUUAUAGUGAAAUCUUGCUUUUUCCUUCUUGCAUUAAAAAUUGCUUUCUUCACAGGAGGCCUGUGGCAUUGGGGCAUCUUGGGAGGGACAUAGCAGUGGUGAAGUUUGAAGCACAGCCAUCUGUUGAUUUCUUACUCCUUGUUUAUGUGCUCUUGGUUAAGUUUUAGGGAGAGAGGAUCAUGACCGUAAUGCAAUAAUUAGGGAAUGAAUGAGCAGGGAACUGCCAGCUCUUCCCAAGCCCACAACGUAGCACACUUUCUCCCUGCUGGAAAAACUCAGGGUUAUUUUGGUCAGGGCUCCCUGCUCCUCUAGUGAAAGGUCCCAAUGUCCUUAGCUAAUGCUGACCUUCCUUCAUGGCCUGUAACAAACCAUCAUUGUCAUUCUAAGUGAAGCAAGUUUGCUGCUAGCUCAUACUGCUGCCAGCCUCUUGGAAGGCAGUGUUGCAUCCCCUUCUACCCUGUGUUUGCUGUAGUUGGAAGGCUAGAAGCUGAGGGGCUAGACUUACCCACACCAGGUUUCCUUCUACUUGUGCCAAUUUUCUAUUAUCCCCCUUUUUUUAAAAUAGAGUGGAAAUCUUACCUCUAAUGAAAACAAAAAUCUAGGUCACUUUUCAUGUUAUUAUUAUUUCCUGUGUGACCAGGGUUUGUGUGAGUGGAGGUGUGUGUGCAUCUGGUGAUGUAUUAAACCUGCAAAGUAUCAGAAGAGUAAGCUGCCUGAGAUGCAGUGCAAGCAUCCAUAUUUUCCUGCUGCAACCUGUGGCAUUGUCAAAGUAUCCUAAGGGCUCAUGUCUUCCUCUGUUCACAUUGCCACAUCUUCUGGUUAAGCUGGUAAAUUCCUCCAGGCACUUGGAAUUUUGAUCCAGGACAAGCUUGAACAUCAUCUAGCAGAAGGGCAAGAUAUUUUCUUUCUUUCAUUUUAAUUUCAAAGUUAUAAAAUAAAGUGUUCGGCACAAAUCUGGAAUGCAGGUACUGAAUAGUUCUGACAAUGCUGUGUAAAAUGUUUCUUUUUAUCUUUAAAAUAAAGAGCGAGCCUUUUUAAUUAC